AUGCCCAAAAGUGAUACGUGGCCAGGUGGCACUGGAUUCGAGACUAUAACCACCAUGGACAGUGCUGGCAGCUGUGACAGUGUUGUCAGUGCUAAUUCUGGAUUUAGCGAUGGUAGCCUAGAACACCUGUCUGCUGAAGAGAGGGCAUGUCUCAUGUUUUUGGAGGAGACAAUUGAGUCCUUGGACACGGAGGACGAUAGCGGACUGUCCAAUGAUGAACCUGACCAACUUCCUACCCUUGGCAACCUUGCCACCAAAAUGGCUAACCUGUCAGCUUCCAUGAGCAACAGCAAGCUCAACGGUACACCAAAAUGUGUCUCUAAGGAACCUAUAAAGGAAAGUUUUAAAAACAACAAGCACAUCCAAAGUUAUUUAGUUCCAACACCUCUUGUUGUGGCCAACAGUUCCUCCUGCACUGUGUCCAAUGCUAAACCAAGCAUAGUUCCUGCAGACCAGAACAAGAACUUCCAUUCAAAGCCUCAGAUAACUAAUACAGACAGCAAAAUUGGCUCCAAGUUCAACCAACAACACAGCACUCAUCCUGUACCUUCAGAAGUCAAUGUUGUGGUGAUACCUCCUCCGAUCAAGCCUAAGGACUACUCAGGUAGGAUGACUGAUGGUUCCUCACCUAGAGGACCUCUGUCCUAUGAGGCUCUUGUCCAUCUGCGGCGGAGUGCCUCUGUCAAGAAGUCCCCUUUAUGCCCCACUAUUGAUCAUACUAUAGACUUGGGCCAGCAUCCUCAUGGCUCAACAACAGGAGUUCAGCCAAAUACUACAAACCUCUUCAGAGCCCCCUCUAAGGCGUCUACUCAUAGGCCUAUGACCAGUCCUCCGGUUGUGGCUCCCAAACCCAAAAGAAUUACACCCAGUAUUUCAGUUAAUAGUGUCUUGAACCCAAAUGAAACAGCAACCCCAACCCACGACUCUUCAUCUUGUGGCAAGCGCUUGCCAGAUGACCAAAAGGUGAGAAUGGAGGCCUUGCAGAAGUUGGGCCUCUUGAAAGACAAAGAGCCAGAAAAAGAGGCCAUCGUCCCACUGGCCCCAUCAAAAUCUCCCUCUUCUUGGGACUCAACAUACAACAGAUUUGCAAGAGAUCCAGCUCACACCAAGCCAUUGAGAAGUCCAUCGUUUUCUCAUUUUCAUGUCCCUACAGAGCCAAAAGGCCGACCUGUGCAGAGCAGUGCCAGUUUCCACCACUACUCCAGAAGUGAGCAACAUUCUGCAUCCCUGUCAAAUACCUAUCUCACCAAUGGAGUGAAGGCUGUGACUCUAGAAGGCUCAGAGGCAGGUUUUGGGAACCACCUACCCUGUCAGCCCAGAGAACAACCUCACUCUACUACCCUGGGUAGCCACAGAAGUUGUUCUGAAACUGCUCAAACCAAGGCAUUAGACCCCCAGCUGUUGGAAUGUACCACCACAACUCAACCUCUAUCUCGCAAAUCCUCAAACCUUCUGGGGUACAGUGUGAUAAUGGUACCUGGGAUGGGGGCAGAUCGGAGAGAGGCACUUAAAAAGCUUGGUCUGCUCAAAGAGUAGAAUCGGUGAAAAGCGGCAAUGGACGUCAAGUUUUUUUCUGUCGGGUUUUUGCUCAUCCAAAUUGUGCGCACUCAUUGUACAGAAUGUAAUUGAGAUUGUAAAGGCCUCUGGCACUAAAUUGUAAUUCAGGGCUAUACAAAUAAAUCUGACUUGACGUCUGUCUGCUUAGCCUGGCCUGCUUAGCCUGGUCUGACAAAAUUUGAGUUUCAUCAUUUUAAAGAGAGUGGGAGGCAAGUGAGAACUUGGCAUUUUAGCAUCAACCUAAGAAGAGUAAUCUAAAGGGCAGCACU